AUGUAUCUAGCAAGGCAGGCUUCGCCUCCCGACUUUGGGCCGCCGCCCUCCAACGAGAGCCAUGGCCAAAUGAUACUUGGCAUCACCGGCUUUUUCACGGCUUUUGCGUGUAUGGCGGUACUUCUGAGGAUGUAUGUAAGGGUGGUGAUGUUGAAGAGAAUGGGCGCAGAUGACUAUGUCAUGAUUGUUGCAAUGCUGUGCUCGUUCACAGUCUUCGUUUUCUUCGUUGUCGAGGUGAACUUGGGGGUAGGGCAACAUUUCGGGAACCCGCAUUUCAUGUCCAACUUUACAGAAAUUGUGCACUGGUCUUAUCAUCAUGGAUGGAUACUGGUGGUUGGCAUUAGCAGUGUCAAAAUCUCUGUAGGAAUCUUCCUUAUCAGGUUGGUCCAGAAGAAAUGGUACAAACGCUGCAUAAUUGCCUGGAUAGUCUUCUUGGUGAUUUUCACCGUGGCAUGCGUGGGCACAUUAAUAUUUCAAUGCAUCCCGAUCCGUGCAGCCUGGGACUUUAUGCUCAGAUUGGAUCCUAAUACGAAAUGCUACAGCAUUGAUGUAUUCCGCAGUAUAGGUCUAUUUAACGGAGCCAUCAACAUAUUUACCGAUUUUGUUUUUGCGACUCUACCUAUUCCAGUAAUAUUGCCUUUGAAAAUCGACAUGCGAUCCAAGAUAUCACUUGUUUGUAUCUUGAGCCUCGGUUACUUUGCUUGCGCUGCAGCAAUUGUCAAGGAACAGCUCCUAUCAAACUUUUUCGAAAAUAUAGACAACUACUUCAACAACGCAUUCAACAUUUGGAACGACGUCGAACUCAAUGUCGCGAUCCUAGCCGCAUGUCUUCCAGCCCUCCGACCCCUCGUCGCCUCAUUCCUCGAUACCACCACCAGUGUCAGAAAUUCCGACCUCAGAACCCGCAUCCGUAACAAGAACUUCCAGUCGCGCCACCGCAACUUCCACUACAUCAUGCAAAAAGACGAGAAGGAUCUCUCGGGACACAAUAAAGAAAUCGAGCUUAGCACGAUGCCCUCGCGGUCGACGAUGACUGCCUCGCCUAUCUUCGUCGACACUGGUGUUAAGGGAACAGAGGAUGGGCCAAUAUUGUAUGAGGAGCGAGAGAGGGUGUUGUAUAGACAUGACAGUGGCACGACUUUAGUGGGCAGUUCUCCGACGGAUAAGCUAGACAAGAUCAUGGAAGCGGAGGAUAGUGAUAGUGGGUAUCGGGAAGGUGGGGUUGAGAGGGCGUAUUUGAGGAGCGAGACGGGGAGAAUUUUCAGAAGGGAACGUAGCCCCCCGAGGAGGGCGAGGGAUAUAAAUUCAGGAGGAAUCUUAAAGACGAUGGAAGUCUCUGUCACAAGAUGA